CGCGAUUUUUUGGCGCCACCGCUCCAUGGCAGCGCGCCGCAGGUAGGCAUCCCGGGCCCCAGGUGGCGCCUUCCGCGAUGGUCGCUCCUCCGGUCGGGCCUGUCCUGGGCCUGCCGUUCGACCUGCGCGCCAGCUGCGGCCAGGGGGCCGGCGGACCGCGCCGCGGCGGGCUGGGGGGCGCUGGACGGCGCCAGCCCCGCGCGGGGGGCGCCUAUAGAGGCCGCCGGCGGCGCGGCGGCGCGGCAGGGCGGCCUCACGAGCCAGGCGCGGGCGAAGCUGCGUGCGCUCUCGGCGGAGUACCCGCAGGAGAGGAGCUGGACGAGGCGACCUGCCGGUGGGACAGCUCUCGCCGCCUCGGCUCGGGCCGUUACGGCGCGGUCUACAAGGGCCAGCUCCGCGACGGCGCCAAGGUCGCGAUCAAGGCCAUUGACCUGGCGGCGCUGCUGCGGAACGGCGAGCGCCCCGAGGACCCCCCGAUUGCGGCUUCGAGCGGGAGGUGCGCAUGCUGAGCAAGUUUCGGCACCCGAACCUUGUGACCCUUCUGGGCUGGGGCCAGCAGGGCAUGAUGCCGAUCUCGUCUACGAGUACCUUCCAGGCGGCGACCUCUUCCAGCGGCUCUACAAGAGCAAGCUCGCGCGGGGCGCGCGCACGUUCUUCUGGCACGAGAGGCUGA